AUGGCACCUCACGUUGACGUACCGUCUCCUACCGGGAGCUUUACAGGCAAUUUCAAUGGAACCCCCUUUCAAGUUGCCGCAUCAUCGGAAACGGAGACCGGUUGUAUAGCGCCAACCGAGUCCUUCUCCUCGCCUAUUAGCUCCUUCGAAAGCGGCUCAGUAUCAGGAGAUUUCCAUAUAACGCGGCCACUAGUACCAGGCAUUUACGUGCCAACUAUGUGUUUUUUCGACGAGGCCGAAGACGUCGAUACGGAUGCCAUUGCUCGCCAUGCAGUACGGCUCGCCGAAGCUGGUGUGACAGGCCUUGCAACUCAGGGUUCAAACGGCGAAGCCGUUCAUCUCACACAUGACGAGCGUCAGCUAGUCACAUCAACUACACGAAAGGCACUAGACGACGCCGGUUUUUCGCAUAUUCCAAUCAUUGUUGGGUGUGGCGCCCAAAGCACCCGUGAGACCAUCAAGUACUGUUGUGAGGCGUGGAAAGUGGGAGGUGACUACGCGCUCGUGCUGCCUCCAUCGUACUACGCACCCUUGUUUGCACCAUCGUCCAAGACCAUCGAAGAAUACUUUACAACGGUUGCCGACGCGUCUCCGAUACCGCUUAUAAUCUACAAUUAUCCAGGUGCCGUAAACGGCAUGGACAUGACAUCAGAUGUAAUUAUCAAGUUAUCACAGCAUCCCAAGAUAGUCGGUGUUAAAUUGACGUGCGGUAACACUGGCAAAUUGAAUCGCGUGGCCGCCGCUACACAAAAGCAGUCUAAAGACUGUGACGCAAAUAAGCCUGAGUUCUUGGUCCUCGCUGGCUCGGCCGACUUCACGAUUCAGUCAUUGAUCGCUGGCGGGCACGGCAUUUUGGCUGGUCUCGCAAACAUCUCACCGAAAGCCUGCAUUAAGACAGUCGAACUUUACAAGGCAGGCAAGUACAUCGAAGCUCAGGGGAUGCAGGAAAUUAUAUCACGAGGUGACUGGACAGCUAUUCAAGGUGGCGUGGUAGGUGUGAAAGAGGGACUCCAGACGUGGAUGGGAUAUGGAGGCUAUGCUCGCAGCCCACUCCCAAAACCAACUGCCGAGCAAACUAGAUUAUGGAAAGAGGGUUUUAGAGAAUUGGUGUUGCUAGAAAAGUCCUUGUGA